AUGGAGUGUGCUACCUACUUUCUCCAUAUUUAUACCAAGUUCUUCUUAAUUCUAGUCGUGUUUCAGCAAUUUGCCAUCAUUACGGAAUUUGUUAGUAAUGGAUCGUUGUUUUCUCUUCUACACGAGCAGAAACGUGUUCUGGAUUCUUCUUUUCGUCUAAAAAUAUCGUUCGAUAUUGCGCAAGGUAUGCGUUAUCUUCACGAGAGUGCUGUCAUGCCAGUUAUCCAUCGGGACCUUAAUAGCCACAAUAUCCUUAUACACAUCGAUGGUCGAGCGGUCGUUGCUGAUUUUGGUGAGAGUCGCUUCAUGUGUCAAACCGAAGAUGAGAACAUGACAAAACAACCAGGAAAUCUUCGAUGGAUGGCACCUGAGGUGUUUUCACAGACUGGGCGUUAUGAUCAUCGUGUAGACGUUUUCAGCUUUGCUCUGGUCAUAUGGGAGAUUCAUUCAGCCGAGCUGCCAUUUUCCCACCUGAAGCCGGCAGCUGCAGCAGCCGAGAUGGCCUACAAACGAGCCCGCCCCCCUCUUCCGGAGCAGCCAACAGCUCAGUUCCCAGCUGCUGUUCUUACUCUUCUUCCAAUAGCAUGGCACCACGAACCAGCUUCAAGGCCAGAUUUUUCACAGGUCUGA